AUGUUGUCCAAAUUUAAAAACUGUUUAAACAUUUCUUCUUCUUCAAGAAACAAAUUCAUUCAAUCAUCACUAUGUAAAUUAAAUAAUACCACCAAUAAUAUUACCAAUAAUAAUAAUAUUUAUCGUUCAUUUACCAUUACUAAUUCAACAUUCUCUUCUUCUUCCGAUAAUAAUUCAUCAUCAUCAUCAUUUACAUCACAACAACAAUUAGAACAAUUAAAUAAUAACAAUUCAUCUCCAUCAUCCAAUAAUAAUAAUUCUAAUAAUUCUUCUAAUAAUAAUAAUUCUUCUUCUAAUCAUACAUUUUCAUUAGAAGAUUUAGAUAAAGUAAAAGAAGAAUUAAUUAAAAAUUUAUUAGAAAUUGAUUCUAAUUCAUCAGUUCCAUUACCAUCACCUGGUAAAUCAUCUGGUGAUCAAUCAAUUGAUGAAGCAACUAAACAAUGGAGAUUAACAAAUACUAAAGAUGAUGAAAAUUUACAAAAAUUAUUUAAAUCAACAAAACAAAAAGCAUCAACUUCUUUAUUAGAACAAUCUCAAUUAAAUAGUAAUAUUAAUGAUAUGGAAAAUGAUGAUUUUGAAGUUGGUGUUGAUAAAGAUGAAUUUUCUAAAUAUGUUAAUCCAUUCAAUCCUGAAACACAAGAAGUUAAUGGUCCAAAAAGGUGCUGA